GGGACAGUCCGGGAGCCGCGCCGUCUGCCUGUCGCGCGCUCCUCCCCGCGCAGCGCGAGCUCCCGAGGCCGCUCGGGGGAUGUGAGCGCCGAGGCCCCUGCGCUGCGGGACACCGAGUCGGCGCGGGCUCCGCGCGCCCGGGACGCACCGGGAUCCCGAGGCCCGACGGCGGCCGCGCGCCCAGCCCCCGAUUUGGAAGAAGCGGCCGACCCCAUCGCCUGGCAGAAGAUGAACCCGUCCUCCGCGCCCCCGCCGCUCCCGCCGCCCGGGCAGCAAGUGAUCCACGUCACGCAGGACCUGGACACGGACCUCGAGGCCCUCUUCAACUCGGUCAUGAACCCCAAGCCCAGCUCGUGGCGGAAGAAGAUCCUGCCCGAGUCCUUCUUCAAGGAGCCGGACUCGGGCUCGCACUCGCGCCAGUCCAGCACCGACUCGUCGGGCGGCCACCCCGGGCCGCGGCUGCCCAGCGGUGCCCAGCACGUCCGCUCGCACUCGUCGCCCGCGUCCCUGCAGCUGGGCGCCGGCGCGGGCGCAGCGGGGAGCCCCGCGCAGCAGCACGCGCACCUCCGCCAGCAGUCCUACGACGUGACCGACGAGCUGCCGCUGCCCCCCGGCUGGGAGAUGACCUUCACGGCCACCGGGCAGAGGUACUUCCUCAAGUAAGUCCGCGCUGAGCCCGGCCCGGGGGGACACAGGCGCGACGCCCGGGGCGCGCG